UUGGCCUUUUCAUUUGGGAGAGAAGAAAGAGGACGAAGAACAGGAAGAAGAAGAAGAAGAAUCCAAAAGCAAUCCCAUCUGUGUGUUUGCACAUCAGAAGGGAGAGCUAUCGGUUUCAGAAUCCAAACCUCACAGCGACAUUCUCUCAAACACAAAAGGAUUGCUCUUGAAUCGGGCUUUGUCGUCUUCAUCUCUCUGCAAAUUCGUUUUGGCAGAUCUAAUCUCAUAAAGAUUUUUUGAUUUUUCUGGGUGAUUCAGUCACUGCAUGCAUAUGGGUGGUUGUGUUGGAUGCUAUAAAAGGCCCACACUAGUUACUACAGUGGAUGAGCCAACACAAGGGUUGACAACACAAGGUGAGGCAGUGAAGAAACAUAGUACAUCAGAGGAUUUCUGGACCACCAGCACGCAUGAUAUGGACAACAGUGCGGUUCAGUCGCAGGGGAGUAUAUCUUCAGCCAGUGUAACGAACCAAGCUGUUGUUCCUCAUGGUGUUUCUUCCAAAAGCAGCAACCCCACUGAAUUUGUAAAUCAAGGUUUAAAUCUCUGGAACCAGACUAGGCAACGUUGGGUUGGACCAAAAAAGCCUGAGACCCGAACACAACAGUUGCGAGAACCUAAAUUAAGAACUUAUGGUCUGUGCCUUGCCAAAUUUUGUUGGCUUUGCAGUUGGAAUGCAACAUAUGAAAGUUUACUGGGGAGCAACAAGCCAUUCCGUCAGCCGAUUCCUCUCGCUGAAAUGGUAGACUUUCUUGUGGACAUCUGGGAACAAGAUGGCCUUUACGAUUGAAGCUUGAGGAACUGUUUUUUGGUUUUGAUCCCUGAAAUAAUUCUAGUUCCUGUUUCUUUAGGAAGAGGAUUGUGCACAUUCUGCAUUUUGUACAUCAAUUGUCACAUGCCAAUGAGUAAAAUUUCUCUCUGAAAGCCUUGAGAAAGAUAAUUGUAUUAUACUUUAUUUAAUUAAUUGUCCUGGUUGCCCUGGUAUCUGAAGAGGCAAGUUUUGAAAAACUCCUUUUGUUGACAGCA